AUGAUGACUCGGAGCCCGCGCCGCGCCCUCGCCCUUCUGACCUCAGCCACCCUCGUGGCCGCUGGCCCCUGCGACAUCUACGCCUCCGGCGGUACACCCUGCGUCGCAGCACACAGCUCCACCAGAGCCCUGUACUCCUCUUACUCUGGCCCGCUGUACCAGGUGCAACGUGCGUCGGACAGCAGCACGCUUGAUAUCGCCCCGCUCUCCGCAGGCGGCGUCGCCAACGCCGCAGCGCAGGACACAUUCUGCGAGGGGACAACGUGCCUCAUCACCAUCCUCUACGACCAAUCUGGCCAGGGCAAUGAUCUCACGCAGGCGCCGCCUGGCGGGUUUGAUGGGCCGGAGGCCAACGGGUACGAUAAUUUAGCUAGCGCGAUUGGGGCGCCCGUUACGCUGAACGGCCAAAAGGCGUACGGGGUCUUCGUCUCCCCGGGGACGGGGUAUCGCAAUAAUGAGGUGACGGGGACAGCGACGGGGGAUGAGCCCGAGGGGAUGUAUGCCGUGCUUGACGGGACGCACUACAACGACGCAUGCUGCUUCGACUACGGCAAUGCCGAGACGUCCAGUCUGGACACGGGCAACGGGCACAUGGAGGCCAUCUACUUUGGCUCCAACACGGUCUGGGGAUACGGCGCGGGGAGCGGGCCCUGGCUCAUGGCUGAUCUGGAGAACGGCCUGUUCUCGGGAGUCAGCACAACAUAUAACGCCGGGGACCCCACGCUGACCGAUCGCUUCCUGACGACGAUUGUCAAGGGGGAGGCGGGCCACUGGGCGCUGCGCGGCGGGAAUGCUGCGUCUAGUGAUGGGCUGUCGACGUACUACGACGGUGCGCGGCCCAACGCAUCCGGAUACAACCCCAUGAGCAAGGAAGGCGCCAUCAUCCUGGGAAUCGGUGGCGACAACAGCAACGGCGCCCAGGGGACGUUUUACGAGGGCGCCAUGACGGCUGGGUAUCCAUCUGACGAGACGGAGGACGCCGUGCAGGCCGACAUCGCCGCGGCGGGGUAUGCGACGGCUCCGCUGACCAGCGGGGAUGCACUAACUGUCGGAUCGACGGUUUCAUUCCAGGCCACGACGGCAGGGUACACGAAUCGCUACAUCGCGCACACGGACUCGACGGUUAACACGCAGGUUGUCUCGGCAUCCUCCAGCUCCACUCUGCGCCAACAGGCGUCCUGGACUGUGCAGACGGGACUAGCGAACAGCGGCUGUUUCUCCUUCGAGUCUGUUGAUGCGCCCGGGAGCUACAUCCGGCACUCGGGGUUCGCUCUCCUUUUGAACGCGGACGAUGGGUCGAAACUGUUCGCAGAAGAUGCGACGUUUUGUCCGAUGGAGGGGCUGGGUGGUGAUGGCAGCUCCAUCCGCUCGUGGAGCUAUCCCACCAGGGUCUGGCGCCACUAUGAGAAUGUGCUGUAUGUUGCGAGUAAUGGGGGCGUGCAUGUGUUUGAUGCUACGGCGGCAUUCACGGCUGAUGUGACCUGGGUCGUUACUGAUGCGCUUGCGUAG